GAAAACGUGAAGAGUCUCUAAAUAAGUACAACUCAGCCCUCACCGAGCUGCCAGCCACAAAGUCCCAGGAUGGUUUCAACCUACUGCUACGUCGCCAUGGAGGCUCAAAGAGAAACUCGCUGCUCCGCUGGUGUCAGAGCAGAACCCAAGGAUACAAGAAUAUUGACAUCACAAAUUUCAGCAGCAGCUGGGCAGAUGGCCUUGCAUUCUGUGCUGUCUAUCACACUUACCUCCCUUCACACAUCCCUUACAGCAGCCUCAGUCCUGAGAACAAGCAAGAAAAUCUCAGCCUGGCAUUCAAAACAGGAGAGACUGUGGGGAUUUCCCCAUCACUGACAGCAGAUGAGAUGCUGCGAGCAGGUGGGCCUGACUGGCAGAGGGUGCUGGGUUAUGUGGAGAGCAUCUACCGUCACUUUGAGAUGUGACCGCAUGAGAUACUGAGGUGAUACAGGGGGAAUAUUUUGAAGAACAUACACAUUUUUUAUAACUUCUACCACAUUUUGGCAAUAGUUGAUAGUUAAUAAGACAACUUGGUCCAGAUAUAAUUAUUCUGGAAAAGGUCAAAACAAGGGUGUAUAACCUGCGUUGUGUGCUUUAACAGCUAGUGCCUCAUGUAAUAGAGUCAAGGAAGUGCACUAUACAAAAUAUAUGACCGAUAGUUGAAGACAGAGGAUCCAAAAAUUACUUACACUUAGCGACUUCUUAGAUAUUUAGCUUUUAAAUUGAGAACGAUCAAUAAAGGGCAUAUUUCAGGACUUUUAGGAAUCUUCUUUGAAAUUUUCUUUCCAAAAGAUAUAAAAACAACAAAACAACAACAAAAAAUAUAUAUAUACAUAUAUAUAUAACAGAAGGCAGUCCAAAAACAAGUUGAAGAAUGAUAAAGUCAGAAUUGUCAAUCAAGAAGAGAGCAGUGAUGAGGAAGUCUGCAGAAGAGUUUAGCCUCCCAUCCAUUCAUCCAUCCAUCCAUCCAUUAUCUGUUCACCCUUGUCCCUAAUGGUGUCGGGAGUUGCUGGUGCCGAUCUCCAGCAGCGUUCCGGGCAAGAGUACCGGGUACACCCUGGACAGGUCGCCAAAAAAUUUUACUUUUGAAAUUUUUUCAUUUAUAAAUUAAAUAAAAUAAUUUAAUUUAUAAAUUAAGUCCGCCUUUCCACAGUGCUGUGGAAAGGCGGACUGCGACUUUUUUAUAUUUAUUAAUAGGAUUUAUGGGUUUCUGGCACUGAUACAAGUUGAAAUAUGCCCUUCAAUGUUCAAAAGCAUUGAAUAUAUAUUUUUUCAAGCAUUCUUUUGUGGAGGAUGCUAAGUUACUGUAAGUGUCUCCACACUGGUACUUUACUGGUAGUAAGUACUGUAUACUAAAAGACAGCAGUUUUCCCUCUACCUAUGGUUUUAAUUGUCAAUAUAUUUUUCCUUUUGCUUUUAUAUGUGCAAAGAUGCAAUAUUUACUGGAUGCUUUGGUACUCUGUGGAUGUGCACUUUGGAGAUGCCAUUGCUCUACAUUAUAAAUCUGGGUUCUUUUAGAGGCUUGAGGAUUCUUCCCAUUAAAAGGGAGUCAUUCCUUUCCACUAUUACCAUAUACUUGCUCAGGAUGAGAGAUUGCUGCAAAGUUAAUGAUAAAAUGCAGCAAACCAUCCACUAUCACCUCAUGGCUCAAGAGGAAGAGCUGAUGUGAAGUCAAUAAUGUAAUGCAAAUUGCUGGCCUUACUUUGAUAGAUAACCUUUGACCAGUUUGUGUCACAAAAGGAAAUUUGACUGAAAUGACACCACUCACUAUGAAUCAACAUCUUAAUUUUAACCCAUCUUUAUGAUUAUGAUUGAAUUGAUUAUUGUCAUGUAAAGUGCCUUCAGAUUACAUAGUCGAGUUUAGUACUGAAUGACUGACGGAAGCAAGGGUCUUGUCAGGUCGAAAAUGAUGAUUAUUAACAUAUGCAUCCUGAAAACCCCUUUAGUCUGCCAGUGUCGAUUGGGUUCUCUGUUAUCUGAAUUACAAAUAAAGUGACAAAGACAAAUACUUACUUAUACAAGCUUUAAAUCCAGUUUCAACACCAUCACACUUCUUUCUGCUUCCUCAUAAUUCAUAACUGCUGUUGUUGUUACAUGUUUAAGCAAGGUUUGUUGCCAAAGAUUUAUGUGCCAAAUUUUGGAAGCUGUAAAAUAAUGUCAAAAUGUAACUAGUGUGAACAGCUUAUUCCAAAGCAAUAAAGUGUUACAAUAUUA